CGAAAAUUCCUAUAUUGCUCCACAGAGAGUGCAUAUGAACGCAUACCCUAUUAUUUUCGUUAUGUUCCUAUACGACUUCCGUACACACCGAGGUUAUCAAAAGUCAGACAGAGACCAGGAAGAAGAAAUUGAACAGCUAGUUUAACAACAGAUUAAAUAUUUCACAUGGAACAAGAAGUGCAACAGUUUGCCAUUAUAUGCGACCUGUGCAGCUCGACUAAAAAUGUUGACAGCUUUUGCAAGAAUUGCAGAGAAACUUUGUGUGAACGUUGCUGUGAGAUUCACCUAAAGAGCGUAGCAUCUCGGGAUCAUGAAAUCAUAUCACGAAUUCAAGCUUCAGCCUAUGGAAUUGUGGAUGACAUGAAAUGUUCAUACCAUGGCGGUAAACAUUGUGAGAUGUACUGUGUCACAUGCGACUCAGUCGUUUGCAGAAGAUGUGUGACUGACAACCAUCGCGGUCACGAAUUUGACGAGCUUAAUGAACUUUUCAAGAGAAAGCCAAAGGAAUUUGAAAACAUGUUAAUGAUUUUUAAUGAAAAAAUCACUCCAAAAUAUUUGAAAGAAUGCGAAAUUCUUGAAAAAAAGCUGUCACAAAUUGAUGCAAACCAAGUGGUCAUGGAAUCAAAAAUUCACCAUCAAGCUGAGGACUUCAAGGAAGGUAUACAUACUGUCGAGGAAAAAUUAAAAAGGAUGUUGCAAGUUGCCGUAAAUGCUGAAAGAUCUCCAGUUCGAAAGUUGCUAAUGACAAAAAAAGCAAAUUAUGCGCAGCUACAAAAAGCCAUCAACAAACUGCAAGCAAUAUUCCAAAGCCGUCACAUGACCAAUCUUCCUUUACUCCUUACCAACAUGCAAUGUAGAUUAGAUGUUGCGUUGAUGCAAGAGAACAUUGUUGUUUCUUCUGAAAUGACUUCCUUUGAAAAAGGUGAAAUUCCCUUAGAUAAACUUGAAACUUUCUUUGGACAGUUUUGUGUCUGUGAAGUAGACGACACAAGAAAAAGAAUCCUUCCACCUGUCAAGACCACAGUAUCCAGUGGAAAAGUUAUCGAGAUGUCAGUCUUACCAAAGACAGAUUCUGCUGUCUCUCGCAUCAUCAUUGUCAGUGAGAAGGAGUUAUUGGUUAGUUGUGACAGAUUUGGCUACCUGAUUACUAAAGACAAAGGUCAAGUGCAUGCUGAGGUGCUGAAAAGGUAUGGACUUCAGGGACCAGUAGCCGCUUUGUCUAAUGGACUCCUUUUGGCCAUAGAUGGACAACAUCCCAAGAACAUAGUACAAAUCUUGUCAAAUCAUGCUAAAAAGGUGUACUUAAAAAUUGAAUUCGGAGAGGUGACUGGGAUGUACGUGACACGCAAAAGUGAACUCUUCCUGUCAGUGACCCAAGAGGAGGACUCUUGUGGUGAAGUUCUAAAAUACGACAAAUUCGGGGAGAUGACCAUGCGAAUUUAUGAGAAAGAGUCAGGGGAGGCCUUGUUUGCUCAACCAACAUCGCUCACGGAAAACCUUAAUGGAGAUAUAUGGGUCAUCGAUGCCGAGACCAACUCUAUUGAAAUCAUUGACAAGUAUGGAAUUUACAGAUUUUCCUAUAAAAACAGUGACAUCCUGAAGUACUUCAAACCUCAUACUCUGACUAAUGACUCCAACGCUAAUAUUCUGAUAUCGGACACCGGAAACAAGACAAUCCAUGUUGUAGAUCGAGAUGGACGGGCCCUACGGUAUCUGGACGUUUCUAGUCUUGGUAUCAGACCCACUGGGAUAACAGUGGAGGGACCUGGACAACUCUGGGUGUUGGACAGUUUCAGAAAAUCUUGUUACCUUCUAAAUUACUUUUGAACUCUUUAAUUCUGCGUUAAUACACUGUAGACUAUACUUAAACGCUACAUGAAGAUUAUCCUUUAAUGCUACAUGUAUUUUUUUUGUUGGAAAGCAUACCAUAUAGUAUAUAGCAGUUACGCUGGGUCUUUCUUCUGAUGUCACAGUGUUCUAAAUUCGUCUAUACAUCGAUAUACAAACUUAUCUACCUUAUGAUCUUGUUUGUUUAAUAAUAAUCCUCACUUCUACAUUGAUAUCAACAUUACAUAUGUAUGUUGAGACUAGUGUGUAAUAACAUGCUGGAAGAAUAUCUUGUUGGUUUUUUUAUUGCUGGGUUCUUUUUUUCAUGAAUGAUCGGUGUGUUAAAGUUUCAUAUUGUAUGUGCAGGUGUAUUUGGUAAACAUUUAAUAAAUUUUAAAGAUUUAA